GAUUACUACAUUCAGUAACCUGUUGUCUUUUAGCUUAAGUAUAAAAUAUAUGAUAUAGUAUCACAUUGGUUGCUAAUAACAACGAAAAAUUAAGUUUAAUCAAUAUUUAUUUAGUUUAUUAAACAUGUCGAGUUGCACCUACUUAUAGACAACAUACGAAUACAGGUGUAUUGAUAGAUUCGAAAUACUUUUUAACCAAUACCUAAUGUUAACAAACUAUCAAAUGGAAAUUGUUUACAUUGGCGAUCGAAAUCCGAAUAAUCGUGCACUUCUAAUAUUGAAUGAAGAAUGGAAGAGAUUAGGGAAAAUUUUAACGAAAAAAAUGGACGAAGAAGUUACGUUGGAGGAUGGAAGACGACUAAAAGAGAUGCGCCGUGAAACGUCAAAAAGAAUGAUAGAUGGUUGGAACAAUACAAAAUUGGUUAAUAUUUAGUAUUUUAAAACACUUGUGCAAAUGUUUGAUAUACCAAAUAUAAUGAUGAAUUUAACAUAUUUAUAGAACAAGACCAAAAAACUAUUGGAACAAAAGCAGAAGAAACUUUCCGAGUUGGAAGCCAAACAACGGCAAAUAGACGAAGAGAUGAAGCAUGAAGCUUUGAAAGCCAGAAACAGAAUUAUCGAGAAAUCACGAAAAUUAAAAUUUGAAGAAAAGGAUAUUGUAAAAACGUUUAAUAGAGCUCUUCAACACUCUGAAGUUAUAAAGAUGAUAUAUAAAAAUUAAUAAUAUAUUCACAAAGAGUAAACAUUAUGUAGUUGAAAUACAAAUAUUGAAUUUUUUCAGGUGUUUAAAGAAAGGGCAGUUCAAUUAAAAUUUAACGAAUCCAUGAGAGAAAAUAAAAUGGCAUUUGACCUUAUAAUCGCCCAAGAACAAAACAGUGAUGCGGAACAAUACAGAAAAAACCAAAUGAACGAGAAACAGAAAAACAACGAACUUAAAAAGACUAAAGCCGAAUUAUUAUUAAAAGAGUACGUAGGCACUUUCUUUUACUUAUUUACAUCUAGAAAAUCAUUCAUAUCAUGAUUAACGUGUUAAACGGCUUAAUUUUAGAUUGAAAGAACGCGAGACUAAUAGACGUGAUGAAGAUGUUGCGUUGUUCGAGUCCGAUAAAAUGGAAUUACAGAAAAUCACUGAUGAAAUCGAAGAAUACCAGAAGAAUAUCAAAGCCGAGGUAAAAGUACAUAGUGUUAAAAUUAGUGCAUAGAUUCCCCUUCUACCAAUGAAUAAAAUGUUUUGUAAGUAUGUUACGUAAGUACCUAUUUUAAAUAAAGAACCAAUAUAGUAAAUGCUUUAUUCUACUCUACUUAAUAAAAACAAAUUUGCCAUUACUAUAAGUAGGUACCUAGGUAUAAAUAAGAAUAUUUCAUUAUACCUAUUUAGAAACUGCCUUGAGCCUGAUCAGUACCUACCUAGUUGUAUAUGUUGCAAUGUAGGUUGGUUAAAAUGAAACGCAGAUAUUCUUAGUUUAGUCCUAAGCUGAACAACAACGCUGAAUUCUUUUUUGGCUAGUCACAUUUAUGGGAGGGAAAAAUGUAACAACUUAAGUUUUAGCUAUACCUAACUCACUGUACCCCCAAUAUAGACCAAAAUGCUACCAUUAAAAACUAGGUAGGUACUAGUUUAGUGCAUUAUUUAGUAAUAGAGCAAUCAUCCUACUGGCGAAGGACUAUUGUUCGAAUUCCAGAUUGAAGUAAUAUUUUUAGGGUUUUUCUGUGAAAUCAACAUGCUUUAGUAAUAUAGAUGUUUUACAUUUACUCAUGUAGGCUAGGACAGCAAGGGAAAAACUUCAAAAAGUCAUAGCGGACAACCAAGAAUCAACUUCUAGGUAUAAUGAGAUACGUAGGGUGGAGGAACAGGAAGAGGCAAUGAUGACAGCGAUCGUGGCGGAGACAAAGAGAACGUUAGCCGGAAUGCGGAGACUAAAAGAAAUAGAAGUAUAUAUAGUAUAUAUUAUAUACUAAAUAUUUAUAUAAUGCUGUAUGUGAUGUUUGAUUAUAAUAAGAAAUUACCAUAUAGAUUAUAGAUAUAUUGGAUAUAAAAUUUAAACUAUAUUACAGUGGAUAAUUUACUAAUUUAGACUGUUUGUUUACAGUUAAUGAAAGCCAAACAGUUAGCACUGGAAGCGAUGAGAACAAAAGUGGCUGUUUGGCCUAAAAAAGAAAGUGGAUGGACAGAGACUGACAUGCAAAAUGCUGUUGAAACCAAGGAAAAACGGUACCAGGAUGGACUUGCCGAGAAAAAAGAAUGGGCCAAGAAGAGAACAGAUUAUAUGGAUGAUGGUAAGAGGCUGUGGGUAAAGGAAACAGCUAGACAACAGAGACAAUUGGCUCAAGAUCAUGAAUUGGAAGCUAAGAGACUUGAACGUGAGAAAAGAUUAUUGAUAGAGUUUGCAAAAUUGCGUGAAAAGACACAGAUAGAAACCAUCAACCAAAUCAGAUCGCAACUUGAUCAACAGUGUGUAAGUAUAAACAACUCUGCAUGGUAAUAAGGUCAUUAUGUACAAUUAUAGUUUUUAAUAAUGGCUACAAAUUAUAAAAAUAAUCUAAUACCCACUCAUAUAUUAUAAUUAUUAUAUCUUUGUUUUCUGCGUUGAGAGUAGAACGACAAAACAGCUGCUGUAUUAGCAGACAGGCAAACUGACAUCAAUCAUCAUAAAAUGAUUGAACAGUUGUGGUUUGAGGAGGACAAAGAGUUUGUUACAUAUGCCAGAAAUAUCAUAGAGAAGAAGAAAUUGGACGGCAAUCCCAUUAAGCCACUUUUAAAAACAGUUAAUGUUAGUAAUAUAGUAUUAAUUAUUAAACCACAAUAAACAGUUAUGAUAAUUAUUUUGUUUUUAGGAUUAUCUUAAAAAGAACAAUUUGUAUAUAGAUCAAGUCAAUAAAGUAUCAAAAAAACAGCCAAAAGGGUCAAUUUACACAUCAAGAAUUAUACAACAUACUGAUUAAAUAUUGUUUGAAAAUAUAUUUAAAAUGUUAAAAUAAAUACCAUCAUUUAAAUAUAAGGCACAUUUUCUGAGUCUUCUCUUUAAAAAUCAAUUAUUUACACAUAUCACAAUAAAAUUGUGUAUGAGAAGUUAAACAUAAAAUUUACAUAAUUAUAAUAUUAAAUAUUUAAAAAUUACCAAUAUAAAAAUGUAUAAGUUUGUACUAUAAAAAAUAAUAUUAUACAUACAGAAAUCUAAUUCUAAUGGCACAUGAUGGCAAAAACCUUAAAUUAAACACAUACAUUAAACAUUAUUAACAUUUAAUCCAUGGCAUUUUUCUUGGUAAACUGUAAUGUGUUAGAUCAAGUUGAGACUGUGUGAGAUCAAGUCGGGGAUGUAGACGUUUCAUAGCUAUUAUUCUCAUACGCCUAAUAGCUAUUAUACUAAUGGCUGCAAUUCUAG